AUGGAGGGUAAGAAAACGGCAGGACGUCAAAAAAUUCCAUUAAAGAAAAUAGAGAAAUAUGUUGAUCGAUGUACUACAUUUUCCAAACGUCGUUCUGGCUUAUAUAAAAAAGCCAGUGAACUCGUUAGGGAAAACGAUGUCGAUCUUGGAAUUGUUCUUACUUCACCAACCGAAGCUGAAAAAGUGUAUUCUUUUAUCCAUCCAACUCAUAACGCGGUUAUCGAUCGUUUUAUGAAUCCGACACAAGAAUUUGAUUUAGGUGAACACCUUGUUGCUGAAAAUACACGUAAGAAAGUGAAUCAACUCAACGAUAGGCUAAACGAACUUGAUAGAAGAGAAAAAAUUGCAAAGGAUAGAAUGACUUCGUUAAGCGAAAUGAAUAAGACUCGAGAGAAAAGUCGCUGGGAGUCUAUCGAUCAGUUAAAUGCAGAUGAUAUUAUGAAGUUUGAAGCUUGGUUAGACGUCGGAGAAGUUAUGCUGAAGGAUCAAUUACGUGAAGCUUCGUCCUCGUCCUCGCAGUCUCCACCCAAAGAUGCAGAUAUCUAG